AUGGUUCGACUGGAACUUAUAGUUCAGCGAUCGGUGGAUGAGAAUCAGUUGAAUUCUGUCUGUGACAUAUUGCCUUUGCUAAGUGAAGUUGGCCUCAUGAAGACUGUCACCUCCAUUUGCCCCUACUCCAAGCUGCGGACCUACGAGUUCUACUGUAAUCUGAAUGAAGAAAUUGACAAUCUUACGGGGACUCGGUGCAUGCAGAUUUUCAUCAGAGGAAAAUGGACCCUCACUGGUGGUCAGACUCCUAUAUGGCCUACAGGUGAUGUUGAUACACUGUCUAGCUCGAAGCUCACUUCCAGAUACGUUAUUUUGCACAGUAUUUCCUUACACAAUUGGCUACCUUCUGCUCAUUUUCAUACGGUUGGCAAGCAACUGGCUGCUCUACUAUUCCGCAUUGGCACCAAAAUGACCAUUGAUCUGGGGAAGUGGAUCUUCUAUCAUUUCCUCACCUUAAUUCAUCCGAGGGAACAGAAGGUAAGGUUGCCGUAUCCUAAUCUCAUCUUUGGAGUUCUGACAACGCAGGGCCUGGUCCCAAUGCCAAGCGAGAUUAUCUGCCCAACACUUCUAUACACUGUUGAUCCACGGCUCUUGACUGGGAAGCAUAUCCGAGAUGUUACACCUGUGGCUGCACCUCCAUCUUCUGAUGCUGACACUCCUGGUGAUGACUCGCCACAUGCGAGGGACAUUCAGCUCUCCCUUCGAUUGAAGGCUCGGGUGUCUGAGCUGGAAACUGUUAAUGGAAUCAUUGCGAAGCAACUCACUGCAGCUCGUACUGAACUUGCAACUGUUAUGCUUUGUCUGAGCCUGACUGAGUCUGCUGCUGCUGAAAAUGAGAAGUCCGACAGUGAGGCGCCCUCGGAUGCCUAA